CCGCUGCUGCACGCGCUGGCCGACCACGACGUGGUCCCCGAGGACAAGUUCCAGGAGACCCUGCGCCUGAAGGAGAAGGAGGGGUGCUCUCAGGCCUUCCACGCGCUCCUCUCCUGGCUGCUGACCCGGGACGCGGGCGCCAUCCUGGACUUCUGGAGGGUGCUCUUCAAAGACUACAACCUGGAGAGAUACGCCCGGCUGCAGCCCAUCCUGGACAGCUUCCCCAAAGAUGUGGACCUCAGUCAGCCCCGGAAGGGGAGGAAGCCCCCGGCCGGCCCCAAGACCACAGUGCCACCGCCCAGACCCCCCACCAAGAGGAAGGCCUUGGAGGAGCCUCGGGCUGCUCAACCAGCAGCCCUAUCCCCGAGGGGCACCUCCAGCCCAGGCUCCCAGGUGAAGGCCAAACACCCCAAGAAGCAGGAGAGCACCGCAGAGCCACAGCGCCUCCCGCUGGGGAAUGGAAUUCAGACUAUGUCCGCUUCAGUCCAGAGAGCCGUGGCUGUGUCGUCUGGGGAUGUCCCAGGAGCCUGCGGGGCUGUGGAGGGAAUCCUUAUUCAGCAGGUGUUUGAGUCAGGUGGCACCCAGAAGUGCAUUCAGGUUGGGGGGGUUUACACUCCCAGCAAGUUUGAAGACCCCGGCGGGGGGAAGAACAAAGCCCGCAGUGGUGGUGGAGGCCUGAAGACCCUGGUCCGAGCAAAGGGGACCCAGGUUGCUGUCCCUGCUGGAGGGGAUCCCAGGGCAGGCCCACAAGGCAGGGGCCCGGCCCCUCCUACCCUCCUCAGCGAGCCCCAGCUCCACCAGAAGAAUGAAGACGAGUGUGCAGUGUGCAGGGACGGCGGGGAGCUCAUCUGCUGUGACGGCUGCCCCCGGGCCUUCCACCUGGCCUGCCUGUCCCCACCGCUCCAGGAGAUCCCCAGUGGGACCUGGAGGUGCUCCAGCUGCCUCCAGGGAAGAGCCCAGCAGGACCUGCCCCGGGAGGAGGAGCCACCUGCGGAGACCCCAGUCAUCCUGGGACUGAGGUCCUCAGGAGAGGAGGUGAAGGGACUGCUCAGGGAGGCCCCGGCUGGGCUGGACACUACAGUCACCUACAAGCACCUGCUGAACCCACCUCCAGGGGCCCCCCUGCCGGUACUGGACCCCUCAGCCCUACGCCCCCUACUGUAUGUGGGCACCGAGGGGCAGCAGGCGGGGGACGAUUCUACUGGUCACGAGCCCAUUCUGCACAGGGAUGACCUGGAGUCCCUCCUGAGCGAGCACUCCUUCGACGGCAUCCUGCAGUGGGCCAUCCAGAGCAUGUCCCGCCCGCUGGCCGAGGCGCCCACCUUCCCAUCUUGA